AUCUGUUCCCAGAUCUGUUUCCCGAUGACUGGUCACUGGUGGAAUACACUCAGUGGUGGAACGUUGCGGAUGAAUUCGAAAAAUGGCUGCUGCGUUGAACGGAGUUAGGAAAUGGGCAGGCAAUCUAGUUUUUCCCAGUGGCCAGAAAUCAGAUGGACUGAAAGCCCAUCAGAAGGUUAAUUCAACUGAGCUUUUUCCCUACACUCGACCCUCAUUCCUUGGUUUGAGUAAAGAAGCUGCCAAAGCAUCAGCAGAUCAUGAAAUACGACCAAUACUUGUGGCUCAAAGAGAAUUACCAUUGAAUGCAGGUUAUUCCGAAACAAUCAAUGCAGGGAAGACCUAUUUAGUCAACGAAGAUCAAGCAUUUGCAGAAUUAUUUUGCUUACAUGUAAUAAGUAUUGAUGAGAAACCAAAAGAAGAUACAAUUACAAAACUUCCAUACUGGUGUUUUGGUAUAUUUGACGGCCACGCAGGAGCAGGUGCGGCCUUGGCAGCUGUCAAUCAACUUCAAGAUAUAAUUCAUGAGAAGCUACAUGAAAUUCAAGAUGUGAUUAUUUGUGAGGAGAAAAAUUAUGGAAAACUGCCAGUAUUACAAGGAGUUGUUGCUCCUACAAUAGACUUUGAAGCUGUUAUCACUGGAGCAUUGGAACAAUCAUUUUUAGAUAUGGAUAAUCGCAUAAAUAAGGAUAGAAGUCUUCAUAAAAUUACUGGUGGAUGUACUGCAGUUGUUUCAUUGUUUAUAAAGAAUAAAUUAUUUCUUGCAAAUGCUGGUGAUUCCAGAGCAAUUAUAUGCAAAGAUGGAAAACCAAUCCCGGUGACAAAAGAUCAUACUCCUGAGACUGAUCGCUGUCGACUUCAAGUCCUGGCUGGAAUGAAACCACAUUUGUUGGGAAAUGAGUUCACUCGUUUAGAAUUUCAGCAAAAACCUCGUCGAAAACACAUUGGAAAGAAACUUUUCUGUAGAGACCGAAAUAUGACCGGAUGGGCAUUAAAACAAAUAACGGAGGAGGAUGUCUUUAAAACACAAAUGAUAUCUGGCAGUGGAAAAUCGGCUCGUCUUCUCGAAACAAUCGGAACAACAAGAGGAUUUGGAGAUUUUGAUUUAAAAGCUUCGUACACGGGCAUUCCAGUCAAACCCUUUUUGACUCCUGAACCAGAGGUGACAAUAUACGAUUUAUCGAAAGAAACAAUAAAUGAGAAUGAUGUUCUCAUCAUGGCGACUGAUGGAUUAUGGGAAAGAGUAUCUAAUGAGAAGGCAUGUAAAAUUGUCCAAAGCACCUUCACACAUUGCGACGUGCACGAGAAAAGAAGAUAUAGUGUAGCUGCACAAAAUCUCGUGAUGGCUGCUCGAGGUCGCAAUACGCAACGUGGGUGGAGAAUAUCCAGAGAUGAAAUCAAUUUUAAUGACAAUGUAGAAUUGAAGGCUACCGAUCCUGCUUCAUAUGAUGAUAUUUCAGUAUUUGUUAUCCCGCUUUCUAAAAAAUUCCAAGAACAACCGGAAACUGUUCAAUACCCUGUGCAUUCAAUACCGGCGGAAACACGAUCGUCAAACGACAAUGGAAUGAAUGAAGUCGUUUCCAAUUUAGAGACGAACGGUAAUUCAACAUUUCGUCUUAGUUAACUAUAGUGUUCUCAGUAUAUUCUCAGUAUAAAAACAUAGUAAUAUACGCAGUAUUGUACAGUUAUGAAGUGAAGGAUUUCUACCUACAUAUUUUUAUAUGAUACUAAGCAUCGGUCGACUAAAUCGACCUAUUCUAUACUGCAAAGUCCUGUAUACAAAAUAUGCCUGACAACAUCACGAAAAUGUCGGCUUCUGCCGUUGAAACAACGGUUGGGGCAUCACAUUUUGAAUACUCUGGUUUUGAGUACCAUUCAUGACGUCACUAUAUAAUAUCACUAUAGUAAUUAUUCACUGCCUGGAAAAUCUAGAAAUCACGCGAAAAUUGGACAUGAAAUUGACCACGUGUUGUAUAAAUUUUGCAUGAAAAACACAAAUGGGGAAAUACUCAUAGCAAUAAUAUCGUAAUUUUUUUGCUCUUUCGAUUAUUUGUAUAAUUAAAAACGAUGCGGCGUUUUUUUGAAGGACAAAUCUUUGCGAGAGCUUUUUGUUGGUUUAUAGUCUUUCUAUGAAAUGCUCUUUCGUUUGAAGGAUGGUACCGUUCUAAUUUUCCGGUUUCCUUUAACGGAACCCGGAUAUGGUGAUGCCUGAUGAUGCCUGCUUACAACAAUAUCAAACUAAUGAUAAUUCCCGGGGGGUUGAGAAUAUGGCGUCAGGUGGAUUAUCCUGGAUUUGCGAGUUCGAAACUUGUGUUGUCACUUUAACUCUCGUGACUGAAAAAGCAUACAAUUUAGAAUGAAAAACUGUGUAGUAAUAAUUGAUCAUAUUAUGUCAUAUUAUUACUCUAAACCUUGUUCGUAACUUUGACCGAUUCAUUUAAAUACUUUCGUUCAAACAGGUUGAUUCCAUAGCCUGCAUUUUCGUGUUAGUUAACUUUUGAUUACAGUGACAGAUUACGUCUACGUUAAAUGCAGCAAACGAGAGCUAUCAGCUGAGCUAACGACCUCGAGAGGCAGUUAGCUCAGUCCGAAAACCAUCCGCACACGUGAGAAACUUGCCUCUCGAGGCGAAUUCCUCACAAAAACUAUCCUGCACACGACAGUAACUUGCUGAGCUAACAGCCACGCGAGGUCUUUUGCUCAGCUAUAUUAAGCUCACGCGUGCGGCGGGCUUUAAUUAAUGCAUGUUUUAUACAACUGGUCCCAGAACCUCUAACGAAGGAGAACUAGACAACUUUGUAACGAAAUUGUUUAGAUGAUUUGGCAGACUGCACUAGCCCAGCAAAUCUUGUGCAUAGACACUCAUAUAGCCUAGAUAUUAUGGGGCCGCUGUAAUUGGUGAAAACUGUAGCGUGCACCCUGCCAAUUUUCUAUAUUAUAUAUUGUUGUAAAUAUACUGGUAAAUGUUGCAUCAUA